GUCUCAUCUCACCGCCUCCCGCUCGCGGACCCCACAUCCGCCACGCGGGGAGCUGCGUGCUCCAGUCCCGGGCAGAGCCUGCGCCUCAAAGCAGCGCGGAGGCCUCGCCCUGCAACACGGCAGCCUCGUUCGUACCUUUUCCUACAAGCCCCACAGGGGCCGGCGCCCCGUCUGGGCGGCUUGCGGACUUUCUGGCGCCGAGUUUCAGCAGCUCCCUGGACCGCGGCUCAAGGCCGAAGACCAUUGGCUCCACGAGUUCUUCGGGGUCCCGGCCCUGCAGCGCCGGACCACGGCUAGCGGAACGGCGCCGCAGCGAGCAGGGCCCGCCGCAGGGCCCGCAGGGCUCUUUGGCCAUCAAGUGGCUGACUUGGGAAGGUUUGGGGAAAGAGGGCGCCGGCGAGGCACCCUUGCAGGGACCCCUGGGGGGUCCCACGCAAAGCGCAGCUUCAAAGGAAAGAGCGGAGCCCAAAGUGGAGACUCGGGAGCCCGAGGAGUCGGCGCGCUGGAGCUGUGAGCCUGAGAAGUUGGCUUUGGCCACCCUUCGGUCUUGGACCACCGCCGUUACAGCGACGGCGGCCGACUUGGAGUGCUCCUUGUCACCGAGGAAAGAUCCGGAUCUCCGGCCCUACAACAGCCAGUGCUCCUUGGCUUUGAGACCGAAGCGUCCUGCAAAGCCCUGCUAA